AUGGCUUAAAAAAAAAAUUUUUAAUAUCACCUAAUCCAACAGAUGUUUAAUAACAAUAUAUAAACUACAAGAACUUCAAUUUCAAUUGAUUCAAAUAAAAUUUUCCCUUCACCAGUAGGGUGUAAUAAAAUAUAAAAAUUGAUCUAAAACUAAAAAUAGGAAAAAAUGAAUAUUCAAAUAGAAGUUACACAAAACACUGGGAUAGACAUGUAAAAUAUAAUAAAAUAAUUUUAGAAAUGAUAAUAAUUAAGAAGAUCGCAAGAAUAGACUUAAAAAAAAUAUAUGUAAUACAAAUUCUAUUAAAGUUAAUACGAUAAAAUUAAAAACAAACAUUAGUGACUUAAAAAUAGAAUAAAUUGAUUAGACUACUUCAAGUAGUACUAUAAAUCAAUAAAAGUAACAAGAGAAUUCAAAAAGAUCUUUCUAUGAAAAAUUUUUAAAAAUAAAUGAACAUGAAAAACUCAACUGUCAAAAUAGAAAUCAGAAUAAUAAAAGUUUUGAAAUUUUCAGCCAUUUGAUAAAAAAAAUACCAAAAAAUAAUUAAUAAUAAGAAAGCCCUAAUUUUUAAACCUAAUAGGAAAAGAUUAAUCAAUUAGAAAAAUAACUAUUAGAAAAAGAGAAUUUGUUAGCUGGUCUAAAAGAUUAAUUUUCUAAAUGUUAAAAUGAUUUACAAAAUGAAACUUAAUAANAAAAUGAAAUCCCUAUCAAAAUUGAAGAUGAUAAAGAAUUACCAUAACCAAUAAUUUAAAAUUAGACAAAGUAAAUUCGUAGAGAUUAAAUUAAAAAAUAAUAACGACCUCCUUUGCUCAAAAAUUAGAUUAAAAUUAAAGAAAUGGCUCAAAAUUCUAAAGAAUCAGAUUUUUAGCCUUGUAAUUGUUCUUAAAGUAGUUGUCUUAAAAGAUAUUGUGCUUGCUUUCAUAGUGGCAGAAUGUGCAUUGAUGAAUGUUAAUGUAAAGAUUGCAAGAAUUGUGAAUAGUUUUCAGAAGAUAGAAACUUUGCAAUCAAUCAUGUUUUUAAAAAAUGCCACAGAGAUAAAAAUGUACCAGUAAAUGAAUUAUUAUCUUUAUAAAUCAGUUAUGGAUGUAAAUGUAAAGCAACAGGAUGUUAAAAAAAAUAUUGUGAAUGCUUCAAAAGAGGAUAACUCUGUGGAGAUUUAUGUUCUUGUGAAGAUUGCUUAAAUAUUCCAUUUAAUAUAAUUAAUAAAGGUUAAUUGAGAAAGAAAAUCAACCUCUAAAAAUGA